CGCCUGCUCGAAUCAACAAAUCACACCAACAGUGCUCAACCAUGGUCUCCAAAUCAAGUCCCAUCCUCAUUGUCGGCGGAGGCGCCUUCGGCCUUUCCACAGCCCUACAUCUUACCAAAGAUGGCUAUACAAACAUCACCGUCUUUGAGCGCGACGAGCAGAUCCCCCCUCGCUAUUCUGCCGCAAACGACCUGAACAAGAUCGUGCGAGCCGAGUAUGAGGAUCCGUUCUACACCGAUCUGACAGUGAAAGCAAUAUCCGCAUGGAAAACGCCCCUCUUCGCGCCCUACUUCCACCAAACAGGCUUCCUGCACUGCGUGUCCGGCACGGCCCCCGAAAAAGCCAUCGGAACGCUGAAACGGUUCCAAGCCGCCGCAGACGCGCACCCGGACAUCAAACCGCACGUCGUCCCCCUCAACGGGCCCGGCGACAUCCGGCCGUGGUUCUGGCAGUGCGACGGCGCUCUCCCGGGCUGGCACGGCUACUUGAACCGGUUCGAUGGGUAUGCACAUUCUGGAAAUGCCCUGGCUGGUAUUUACAGACAUACCCAGGCCGCCGGGGUGAAGUUCUUCCUUGGACACGAACAAGGUGCUGUUUCUGAGGUUGUAUACAACGACGGGCGCGGUACGGGUACAGGUGUACGCACGCGCGACGGGAAAUUCCACCCGGCCGAGCUGGUAAUCGUCGCCGCAGGCGCAGGUGUUGGCAAACUGCUCCCCUCACUAGGAACGCAGAUUGUAGCCAAAUCAUGGAGCGUGGCGCAUGUUCAACUAAGCGAUGAAGAAACGAGUGCUUUGCGGGGUAUCCCGAUUACAUACGCCCGCGACUUUGGCUUCUACUUCGAGCCGGAUCCCAAGACGAACUUGCUUAAGAUCUGUCCCAUGGGUGGCGGGUAUAUCAACACGGACCCGGCAACGGGGGUGUCUCAUGCGCCUGAGGAUCUGGAGACGAGCCAGUUCCUGCCGGCGGAGGAUGAGGGGAGGAUUCGGAAGUUGCUGGAGCAGACGCUGCCGGCGCUGGCGGGGAGGCCGUUGGUGAAGAAGACGCUGUGCUGGUUUGCGGAUACGAAGGAUUCGGACUUUAUUGUGGAUUAUGUGCUGGGGAGUGAUGGGAAGGUGGUGGUGUUGUCGGGGGACUCGGGGCAUGGGUUUAAGCUGUUCCCGAUUGUGGGUGAGUGGACGAGGGAUCUCCUGGCCGAGAAGAGCAAGACGCAGAAGAUUGCCAGGUGGAGAUGGAAGAAUGAGUCUCAAGCUAAGCCGGACUGGGGGACGGAUGUCAGCUGGAGACUGGGAGAGACACGAGAGCUGCGCGAUGUUCUGCCUGGACGGGUGAAGCUGUAA